UUGGAUCUCGCACGCUUAAAAAAUAUGGCUCAUCAAAUUAUUCGCAACUUAAAGUGUAAUAGCCUUAUGUAUAGGAAUGCAUCAAAGUUCUCUAUCCUUUUUAUGCCACCUGUGUUUUUCAACAUUCAAAGCAGACAGGCUUCAAAUAAACAUUGGAAUCCUAAGUUUAAAAGAGAAAGAAAAGAAAAAUUUCAAAAAAUUGAGUUGCCUGAUUAUGAUGAAAAGCGUCGAGACCAAGAUCUUCCCAUUGAUGAAGUGAAAGCUAAGUUAAAGAAAUCUGGUAUUCUCCCCAAUAGGCCAUGGUAUGAAAAGCCAAUGCACGUCAGCUGUUUAGGUUCAAUUGUGGAUGCAUAUAUUCCCCCAGAGGGGGAUGCAAAAGCAGCAACUUUUUCAACUCCAGGUAUGAAACAAACUUAUGAUAGUAUUGGAAAGAAAGGGAAAUCAUACCUUGCCUUAAGAAAAAUCAGAAACACUGACUAUGAAUUUGAUAUUCCAACUUUUGCUGAAAAUGCAAAAGAUAUUUAUAUUAAAGCACAAACUGCUCUAAUGAAGUAUGAUGAGGAUCAACUACAUGAGUUGGUGACUGAAAAGGCAUAUCCUGAAAUUACAGAGAAUGUAAAGAACAAAGUUAUUAAAUGGAAAUAUAUUCAGACUUUAGAGCACCCAAGAGUUGUGCAUAUACGUUGCCAAGAAAUGCAGCAAAGAGAUAAUAUGUUUGCGCAAAUUACUCUUCGUUUGUUUUCACAGGAGACACUUGCUGUGUAUGAUCGUUUUGGGCGACUUAUGUACGGAAGCGAAGACACUCUAAAAGACACUUUGCAAUAUAUAGUUUUUGAAAAACAUAUUACUAGCCUUAAUGGAGCAUGGAGAAUCCAUGGAAAAAUCAUCCCAGAUUGGUUACCUCCUAAAGAGCCAAUUAAGAGAACAUAUUUCCUUCCAGACAUUGACAUACCAUCUGAACCAGUUGUUGAAUCUAAAUCACUUGAAGUAUCUGAGUCAGAUAGCAAGACUAUAGAAUCUGUUAAACAAUAAUAUUUUUUCCCUUAUUAAUAAAUUGACUUUUACUGUA